ACGCGGAUUCCCGGAAGAACCGGCAGAAUCGCCCAGGAUGACCGGGUGGUGGUGGCUGCUGCUGCUGUGGCGGCGCUGACAGGACACGCGCUCUAUGCCUUUCCGGCUGCUCGCCCCGCUCGGCCUUCUGUGCGCGCUCUUGCCCCUGCACCAUGGUGCGCCGGGCCCGGACGGCACCGCGCCCGACCCCGCCCACUACAGGGAGCGUGUCAAGGCCAUGUUCUACCACGCCUACGACAGCUACCUGGAGAAUGCCUUUCCCUACGACGAGCUGCGACCUCUCACCUGUGACGGGCAUGACACCUGGGGCAGUUUUUCUCUGACUCUAAUUGAUGCUCUGGACACCUUGCUGAUUUUGGGGAAUGUCUCAGAAUUCCAAAGAGUAGUUGAAGUGCUCCAAGACAACGUGGACUUUGAUAUUGAUGUGAAUGCUUCUGUGUUUGAAACCAACAUCCGAGUGGUGGGGGGACUGCUGUCGGCUCACCUGCUCUCAAAGAAGGCGGGUGUGGAGGUGGAGGCCGGUUGGCCCUGCUCGGGACCGCUCCUGAGGAUGGCUGAGGAGGCGGCCCGGAAACUUCUGCCAGCCUUUCAGACUCCCACUGGUAUGCCGUACGGAACAGUGAACCUGCUUCAUGGUGUGAACCCGGGCGAAACCCCCGUCACCUGUACUGCCGGGAUCGGAACCUUCAUUGUGGAAUUUGCCACCCUCAGCAGCCUCACCGGCGACCCCGUGUUUGAAGACGUAGCCAGAGUGGCGCUGACACGCCUCUGGGAGAGCCGGUCGGACAUCGGGCUGGUCGGCAACCACAUCGACGUGCUCACUGGCAACUGGGUGGCCCAGGACGCAGGCAUCGGGGCUGGCGUGGACUCCUAUUUUGAGUACCUGGUGAAGGGAGCGAUCUUGCUUCAGGAUAAGACACUCAUGGCCAUGUUUCUAGAGUAUAACAAAGCCAUUCGGAACUACACCCGCUUUGAUGACUGGUACCUGUGGGUGCAGAUGUACAAGGGGACGGUGUCCAUGCCUGUCUUCCAGUCCUUGGAGGCUUACUGGCCUGGUCUUCAGAGCCUUAUUGGUGACAUUGAUAAUGCCAUGAGGACCUUUCUUAACUACUACACUGUAUGGAAGCAGUUUGGGGGGCUCCCAGAAUUCUACAACAUCCCUCAGGGAUAUACCGUGGAGAAGCGAGAGGGCUACCCGCUUCGGCCAGAACUCAUUGAGAGCGCCAUGUACCUCUACCGGGCCACGGGGGACCCCACCCUCUUAGAACUCGGGAGAGACGCCGUGGAAUCCAUUGAGAAAAUCAGCAAGGUGGAGUGCGGAUUCGCGACAAUCAAAGACCUGCGAGACCACAAGCUUGACAACCGCAUGGAGUCCUUCUUCCUGGCCGAGACUGUGAAAUACCUCUACCUGCUCUUCGACCCGACCAACUUCAUCCACAACAACGGCUCAGCCUUCGAUGCGGUGAUCACCCCCUAUGGGGAGUGCAUCCUGGGCGCUGGGGGUUACAUUUUCAACACGGAGGCUCACCCCAUUGACCCGGCCGCCCUGCACUGUUGCCGGAGACUGAAGGAAGAGCAGUGGGAAGUGGAAGACUUGAUGAGGGAAUUCUACUCUCCCAAGAGGAACCGGUCCAGAUUUCAGAAAAAAACGAUGAGCUCAGGGCUGUGGGCACCCCAGGCAGGGCCAGAGACAUUUUCUUCGCCUGAGAACCAGGAGCAGGCUCAGGAGAAGAAGCCUGCCAAGCGGAAGGCCCCCCUCCUCAGCUGCCCGAGCCAGCCUUUCACCUCUAAGUUGGCUCUGCUCGGACAGGUUUUCCUGGAUUCCUCAUGACCACUGGAUGAUUUGUUUGUUUGUUUUUGAAA